GAAGAUCCUUUGAAUUUAAUAUUAACGUGUUCUCCGAUCGUUUUACUUAUUAAGUCAUUUUAUCAUCGAACCACUGAAUUUAUUCGGUUGAUUGUUUCUACUAUUUACUUGAGAGCAUACAUAACCUAGCAAACAGUACGUGUAAACAUUUAAAUAAAUACAUUUAUUGAAGAACAUUAACAAACAAAAGUGUCGUUUUGAAGUAGUUAAAACGAGCAUGAAGAAAUCAGCUCCGUUUUAGUGGUUGCCUUGGAUUACACAAUAUCUAUCAUCAAGUGUCAUCAAAGUAGCGGAGGUUAAACAUUAUGAAGACCGAAAUUUCUACUGAAGAAAAUCUGGAGAUCAUCAAUCCAAUUAAAAAUGUUACAAGUGUUAAGAAAGCAAUAAUUGAUAGCACAAUUGGUGGCUAUGAUGAGCACAAAGACAAUGUAGAUAUGAGUUGCGGUGGAUGUGGUGAAUGUAUUAAGGAACGAACAGUGUUAUGUGUUGGGGGAAGAAGUUGGCACUCUAAAUGUCUCAGAUGCUAUGUUUGUGCUAGAUCACUUCAUGAGCAACAUUCUUGUUUUCUCAGAGGCAUGAAGCUCUACUGUCGUCAUGACUAUCUAUUAACAUUUGGAAUAAAAUGUGGGAAGUGUAAUCGAAGUGUUGGAGCUGGUGAUUGGGUACGCAGAGCUAAAGAACGAGUCUAUCAUUUAGCAUGUUUUGCAUGCGAUGCUUGUUCUCGACAACUUUCGACUGGUGAACAAUUUGCUCUUCUGGAAGCCAGAUUACUCUGCAAAUCUCAUUAUUUAGAUAUAGUUGAAGGAAACAAUACUUCGUCUUCAGAAGAUUGUGAUUCAGAGAAUGGUGGAAAGGGUAGCAAGUCUAAACGAGUUAGAACGACAUUUACAGAAGAACAAUUGUCAAUACUUCAAGCUAAUUUUCAACUAGACAGCAACCCUGAUGGUCAAGAUCUUGAAAGAAUAGCACAUGUUACAGGUCUUAGUAAAAGAGUUACACAAGUUUGGUUCCAAAAUUCACGAGCAAGGCAAAAGAAACACUGUGGCAAAGUUAAAACACAAAUGCAUCAAUCACCACCACUCCAACAUCAUCCAAACGAUCUAUAUCCUGGGGGCGUUAAUAUGGUAGGUUCUUACUUCAAUAACUACCAGGGAAGUAGCACCGGCAGUGAGAGUCCCGAUAGUCCCCUAACACCCUUGACUCCAUUGACACCGUUGACCCCAACGACGCCUACCCAUUUGCAGCAACCCCAAUUUUGCCACUAGAAGGGAUAAUUUAUGAGGAUCCUCUUUCACUAAAAAAGAAGAAUAUAAAUACCAGUUGCUUUUUAAAUCUUUGAGAGGUUGGAAAAGACUUUUGACGGAUACUUAAGAAACUCAAGAAUAUGUAUGUAUAGCUAUUGUUUUCAAGCUCAGGUAAUCUUGAAUACUCUGCUGGAGACAAAGUUGAAUGUUUGUCUAUUUUUCUUCUAUUGUAAAUAUAUAUCUGACAUUCAAUAGAA